GUGGGGAUUUCCAGCGGAACAUGAAGGUAAGAGUCGCUGGAUGAUGGGGAGGAGGGCGGCUCGUUAAUGGAGCUGCCCAGCACUGCAUGACACUGAACGGGCAUGUUUACAUUCACGUCUUGUUCUUAUUGAGCUGGCAGCAUUGGACAUGGUGUUUUUAAUGUAUGCUCCUCUCUGCAAACCCUGACCUUCAACCUACUGCAGGGGGGGAAACCUGGUGGUGAGGGCUUAAUAAGGUCCAUCACCCAAAUCAACCACCUUCCCUUGUCACAUUCCUCUUUUUGAGGUGUUUUGGCUAAAGAGAUGCCCAUUACAGUAGGAGAGAGCCCUGGGCAAGGCGUACGCCCGAAUUAAACUGAGCACAUCUUCACUUUCAUUACUCCAUAUCGCUCCUUUGGAGAAUGAUCAGAGCUUGCUGAUUUUCCUCCCAACCCUGCACCGAUGUCCCAGGUCUCCCGGUGUCUAGUGGAGGAGAGGUCUUGAGAUGGCAAGGGGUGCCGUUUAAAGAAAACUCCUGGAUUGUAGGAUAAGAGGUUGCAAGUUACGCAGCCCACUGCCACCAAUGGAUGCCAAGUUGCGAGAAGAUCUAUUCCGCAGAUAUGUGGCGUCUUUGGAGAAUCGGCUUGAGGAGGGAGCCGGUGAAGGAGGAGAUAAGCAAGGAGCUAAGACUGAAGAGGCACUGAUUUCUACUGCAACUGCACUGCUAGGCUCAUACCAGCCCGAUCCAGGGCAGCGCUUUCGCAUGGUUCGGUUCUAUGAAAUUGCAGAGAACUCCCUGAGGACUCAGAGGAGCGCAAACUUGCGGACACUGGAGACAGCCUUUGCAACGCUGGAAACCAUCUGUACCAAUUUGCUGCUGUUUCCUUGGAAGAAGGAAUUCCGUUGCAUAAAGACCUUCACAGGGCCAUAUGUUUACCAGUUGCAGUCGGUGAUAUGCGACUCAGACUUGCGUUCGCUGCUGCGUUCUAUGGGCUACUCAAGAGAUCAGGAAUUGCAGUACCACGUUAGGGACCAUCCAGGUGGGCCCUCCCACCUCCGGCAGCUCGCCUUUGAACUGCUCCUCGCCCAGGCUGAAUGCCGUCUACUCGGUGAGGUGGUGUCCAUGUCUCGGGGCUUUGCCUCGGAGCUGGACGCCGUGGAAGUGAGGAGGAACACCAGAGAAGAUGCAGCAGGGUGCGCUGACGCCCUCCGCCGACGAGAUAGCCUUACAGGAGACUUGUCCCGCCUGUCGGUGCGGCCGAUGGAUAUCGACCGCGCCCACCUAAGGCGAAGCGGCCGGCCGUCCAAGUCAGUGGAUGUAACAGACAGCGCAGGGCACUGGCACCAAGCCAGCAAGCCAGUGCUGAAGGCCUCGCUCAGCCUGCGCAAAGAGCCAUUGUUCGUGGACACGGAAGAAGACAUGAAGGAUGAAAUCAUCCGACCGAGCCCUUCGCUUUACCCUGUGGUGGCGCCGCCCUCCUACAGCCCAGUGGCUGACUUCUUCCCUAUUCAGUCGCCCCCGUCUGAGCCAUACUCUUACCACUUGUCCUCCCUGGAUGAGGUGGACUUGUACACUGAGCGGGGUUUGGGUGGCCACCAGACGCCCUCUAGGCCGCCGAGCCGGGAGCCUCGAGAACCCCGGGACAGUUGGGUUCUGAAGGGGCACGUGAUGAAGUGCCAGGGCUGUGGCAUGGGCUGCCCUUCGCUCUCCUCUUGCCAGAGGUGCGACAUGAUCUUGUGUUCGUCCUGCCAUGCCGUGGAACCGGCGCCCUGUUGCGGUUUCCAGGAUUACACUAAAACUUCCCGGCCUUUGGAUGGCUACAUGCCCAUCAAGGAGAAGUUGUCCGUCUACUCCAACGCCCACUCGCACACUCACCCGCACCCUCAUCCACUUCCCCACGCUCAGUCCCACUCGCUGUUGCUGGACAAAGCUGUGAUGAGCACCAAGCUGUUUCCCAGUAAACCCGUGGGUUCGGGCACCAGUCCGGUGGUUGGCUCGGUCAGCAGUGGCAGCAGCAGCGGUGGGGGUGAGCGGCUGAGUGUGGGCGGCUCCCGCUGUGGCUUUUGCAACAAGCCAGGGGCCUCUCACACCUGUGUGAACUGCUCCAAGGUGUCAUGUGACACGUGCAUGAGCCUUUACGCCAGUGAUGUGUGCACCCGCAAAAAUCCCCAUCAUAACUUUGUGCCCAAUCAUCAACUCAAUUUCAAAUCCAGCACCAUAUCCCACCUCGUAUAUCGAUAGAGCAGGAACACAGCCGCGCUACAGUCGUGCACUACACCUCCUUUGCUCUUUUUAUCUCUGAUUUUCCACCCUUGAUUUUUUUUUAUUUAACUUUUCCUGCUUCCUUUCUCAGUUGGCAGUUGUUUGGUUUUGGUCAUGUGAUCUUGCAGUGCAUUUCCUGUCCCUCAGUAGCUCUACUUUAUCAAGAAAAAAAAAGCUGUUUGUCCGGAGAAUUCCAUUCAGUAUCAAUGUUUGUUAACUUGAAAAAUAACCAUGCAGCGCAUAGGAACUGUGAAUGUUUAGCAGAGACUUCUCCCUGGAAUUGAAUCGAGUAAGUUGGAACUUCUCAAACUUGAACAAAAGAAAAAAAAAAGAUAAUAACAUUACACUGGAAGUAAAUAGUAUAUAUAUUUUGAAUUGUGAAUCUAUAGAUCUAUGUAAGACUAUCGGUCUCAUGGUGGGGUGGUUUUCCCAGGUGAAUGGAGCUUCAGUUGUGAAUUUGUAUCAGAACUUCUAGUUGCUGUUAAGUCACUAUAUUGAGUCCUCUGACAAGAAAUGCCUUGUGGGUUUACCCCUAAGAAGUCAGCCUACGCUGUUCAAAAUGCUGCUGUUGAAAGUAAAACCAGGAGGGGGCGCUCCUGGCCUCUAACAUAUUUUGCAAGCACCAUGAAACUCUUUUUGACUUCAUGCACAUACUUUUUGAUUAUGUCAGUGUAUUUUGUUUCCUUUAUCCAGAUUUCCUUUACAUUAUUGUAACCUGGCAAGAUGUUAUGUCAUUGAAAUGGAGAAUAAUUUAAUAUUUUGCUACGCUGACUGUCGUUAGACACAAUUAUUUUUUUGUUAAAUCAUGAUACAGUACAUUUAUGAUGGUGUGUACGCAUACCAUGAUGAACUGAAGUGUUACCACUGGGUGAAUGUCACAAAUGAUUGUACUGGUCAUAUUUCACCCCACAAUCCAAAGAAGAUAUGAUAUUUUACAUAGAGAAAACAAGAUUCUUAUUACUGCAGUGCAAAAAUACAGAAAUACAGUGUUUACUUGUUUUUAUGCAGUACAACAAAUACUACCACAAUGUAUUCUUAUAGUAGUACUUAAACAUAAAUGUUUUCACAUUCCGGUUAUGAGAAUUAUAACACAGAAAUUCAUUUUCUUUAUGCAAAAUAUUUGUCUUCCUGUUUUAUUUAUUUACUUAUUUAUAUUAUUGAGUAAAAUGUGACUUGGACAUUUUUUGUGAGAUUCACCCUGAUUGGCCUAAUUUUUAUUUUUCGUUGAAAAUAACACUAAUUAUAUACAUGUUUUCCUUGUUUUGUUUUUGAUUUGUUUUGUUUGUUAAUUUUGUGUGCCUGCACCAAUAGAACAAAGUCAGUAUAUUACUCUGGUUACAUAUCCUUAAUUUCAGAGACCUUUCAACCUGCUCUCCCUGCUGCCUUAGGUAACCUUUCCAAUCACCUGAAGGCUGCACUCAAUGCAGGACUCGAUGCUUCAUGUCUGUACGCAGCAUAAAGCGAGGGCCAAAACAAAUCUGUCAGGGAAACAGAAACUAGCACAAGACAAAAAGAUGGCAUGUUCUUAUGAAGUAACGUCAGUAUGUGUUUUUGAUUUAGUGAAACGAGUGUUAACGGAUGCGGUCAGUCCUCUAGCUCUCCUUGCCUUUGUCUCUCUGUUGAAUGAAACUCUGCUGCGUCCUUAAACUCUGCGGUUGUUUCCAGUCCAAAACAGCAGCCAGGAAUAAUUUGAUUGGAUUUUUACAUUCAAGUGACAGCAUGAUUAACCAAUCAAAACUGCAAUGUGCCAAACACCCACAGGCUGUGAAGACAGAACCGUACCCUACUGCUCAUCUGCACAGUAACUGAGCCAUUUGAGAGUGUUUUAACCCUGAGUGAUGGAUAACCUGUGUGUGACUAAGCCACUUUCUCUCACACUCCGAUCAGUUCUCAUCGUAACCUGUAAAAUGGUUUGUGUGGUGAUUUGACUAGAAAUGAACUGCUGAGUGAAUUGACCCCGACAUGCUCCUCCAUACACACACGCACUCCUCUGCUCCUCGUCCCCAUCCCCCCCCAUCCAUGAAGCAUUAUUCACAUCUGCAGAGGUCAGAUCCCUCUCUGGCAAACAAGUUUUAUCUUCAACGGAGACGUGGUGGGGCGGGGGUGAGGAGUUAGCCAAAAUGUUUGUCAGUAAAAGUAUAAUCCUAUAAUUAUAUAAAUUAAUUAAAAGCGAUGAUUUUAUAAAAUAAUUUCAAAAAUAAAGUUCUACAAAAAAGCACUGUCUUUGGCGUUUGAGUUGUGGAUAAAACAUGAGUUAAAAACGCACUGAAUCACCACGAAUCACAGGACUUGCAAACUGUAUGUUCUCACAUUAGGCACUUCACUGACAUGUAUUUUACGGACAUACUGCUGAUCCAUAGGUCCGAAAAAGUUCCAGUUUGGUCACAUCACUCCAUCAAACAUUCUUCCAGACUCCACAGGUCUAUCCAAAUGAAUUUUAGCAUGUUUAAGUCGGCCUUUUUGUCCUUCUUGGUCAAGAGUGGUAUUUGCCAAGAUGCCUCAACAUGAAAGCCAUGCUUGUCUAGUGUUAUUUUUAUACACUGCAAUGAAAUGUUUUUCCUCCUUUCGCCAAGUCAUCUUGCAAGUCUUUGGCUGUACAUUGCAGGUUUUUCUAAAUUGUUCUGAUCAAACAUUUUAUGAAAUUGUGCUCUUUUUGUAUUUUUCCAACUACCUCAAAGGUUUUCUGGCACAACACAUCUUAAACUAAGGAGUAAGGCUGCCAGGUGUGUCUCU